AUGGUGAACACCAGACGUGCUCGACGACCGUCACCCAUUCGACAUCCCUCGCCUACCCAGUCACCCUCUCAAGGAAGGUCCUCAGCCUCCAGACAUGUGGACGAUCGGUCGCGUCAUGGUCCAGUGCUGUCUUCUCGACACGAUCACGUGCUCGAGUCGAUCCAUGCCAGUGACCCGCAACCUCACGGAGAAGUCGAGGGACCUUUGCCCGUCACACAGGAAGACUUAAGGAGACUGGCUGAACAGUUCAACGACACUUUAGAGCGUAGCCUCAGGGCCGCCGUGUUGAACCUCCGGGAUGGCAAUGAAGGCCCAUCUCGACCUAGGGGGCAACCAAGAAGCACACUCUCUACGAGAGGCCCUCCUCGGUCCGAAAGAGACCAUGAACCACUACUGAACCUUCCUCGACACCCAGGGGAACAUCGGGCUUCGAGAAGCCUCCCCCCGCCACCCCAGAGGCAUGGACGAAGCGAUGCUCGAAAUGUGAUUGUCCGACGAAGACUCAGGAGAGGUGAGCUCGACGCCCGCGAAAUCAUCAACUCUCGAAGAACCGAGGGGAGACAGGGAGAUGCCGAGGGGAUUUCUGCUCGCUCUCAACAUGAGAGUUCGAGAAGAUCCCUUGAUCACCCUCGACAUUCCCUCACCCUAGUGGAAACUCCAAGAUCUCGGCACGGGUCCUCUCGAGAACGAGAUCAAGAAGAAAACUCAAUCACAUCUGGAAGAGGGGCUGAUAGACACACCCGAACAGAGAGAGAACCUCCUCGGACUGGGAGACGAGAGCCAACUCCCCCUCGAGACGAGGUGCAGCUCGGCAACCUCAGCUUCCUAAGUCCUUUUAGCAGACAGAUCAUUGAAGCACCGACCCCGAACAAAGUCAAGGUGCCUUCCAUCGACCCAUAUGAUGGCACCUCUGACCCGAACGACCAUAUGGAUGCCUACAAGGCCCGAAUGACUGUCCAAACAGGAGAUGAAGCGGCAUGGUGA